AUGCUUGUCUCCUACGUGUCGGCUACUCCUGCUGCCCGGUCGCUGUUCUACGUCGUGGAGUCUUUCUGGGUUCUGUGCUUCGUGUUCGGCGACGUACCUGGGGAGUCGUUGGUCCGUGUCGCCCGUUAUGUCACCGCCGACCUGGGUAAUGUGGCGCUCCCGCCGUGGUCGCAAGUAGGCAUCCAUGGUUCAAGGUACCAGAGCCCAGAGCCCGAGGGCGUGGACUGGGACGGGUGCAACCACCAGUUCGAGGCCCCCGCUCCAGGGAAUGUUGCUUUGGUCGCUGAUUUCCGACGAGGUCAUGGACGAGGUUUGGAUAGGAGACGUCAUCAGGGGGACCAUGGACUCCAACUCGCCCGCUUCAGCUUUUGCCAGGACCAGCACCACGUCUUCAUCAUCGGCGACUGGGGCGGCCUCCCGGCCGACCCCGAGAUGGGGCAGACGGAGCCUGUGACGGCAGACCAUCGGAAAGACGGUUUUCACAAGCGGGAGUUCGUGGCCGGCCUGGACGACGUCGCGCAGCUCGCGGUCAGAGACAGGAUGAGAGAGCGGGCCGCCGACAUACGUCCAGAGGAGACGAGAUUUCUACUGGGGCGGAGUGGAAGCUAG